AAAGCUGCGCUGGCACAGUUUCCAGAACUCGCACCGGCCCAGCCUGAACUCUGCCUCCCUGGAGAUCAACCGCCAGUCCUCUGCCCAGCUCAACCUGCUCCAGAAGUGCUCCCUGCUCCGGCUCACGGCCAUCAUGGAGAAGUACUCUGUGCCCCACAAGCAAGCCUGGACGUGGACUGUGCCCAAGUUCAUGAAGCGGAGUAAAGUCCCCGACUACAGGGACAAGACGGUCUUCGGGGUGCCGCCCAUCAUCAACGUUGGCAUUUUCCGAAAGUCGGGGGUAAAGUCCCGGAUUCAGGCGCUCCGGCACAUGAAUGAAACCAGCCCCGACAACGUCAACUAUGACGGGCAGUCGGCGUACGACGUGGCUGACCUGCUGAAGCAGUAUUUCCGCGACCUGCCGGAGCCCAUCUUCACCAGCAAGCUGACGGACACCUUCCUGCAGAUCUACCAGUGUAAACCCGCUGACCAUCAGCUUUGCCCCGUGCCCGCGGCCGUUAUCCUCAUGCCGGACGAGAACCGGGAGGUGCUGCAGACCCUGCUCUACUUCCUGAGCGACAUCGCCUCCGCGGAGGAGAACCAGAUGACUGCUGGGAACCUGGCCGUGUGCCUGGCCCCCUCCAUCUUCCACCUUAACGUGUCCAAGAAGGAAAGCACCUCACCGAGGGUGAUACAUAAGAGGGGCACCAUGGGGAAGCCUGACCAGAAGGACCUCAACGAGAACAUGGCUGCAACGCAGGGGCUCUCCCACAUGAUCACCGACUGCAAGAAGCUCUUCCAGGUCUCCCAUGACAUCUUGCUCCAGCUGAGCAGCUCAUAUAUGGCAGCAGACGCUUACCCCCAUCCCCUGGCUGACUUCGUGUGUCAGGCGGAAAGCAAGGAUUUACACUCCUACUUCGAGCAGAGUGUCCAGAACCUGCUGAAAGAGUCAUCGGAGAAAUUCAAGGGGUGGCUGAGCACUCCGGGGCCCCUGAACACGGAGCUCUCCUGCAAAAAGGUUGGGGACGGGCACCCUCUGCGCUUGUGGAAGGUCUCCACGGAGGUCGAGGCCCCUCCCGCCACGGUGCUGCACCGGGUGCUUCGGGAGCGUCACCUCUGGGACGAGGACCUGCUGCAGAGCAAAGUGGUGGAGGCCCUGGACAAGAACAUGGAGGUCUACCACUACGUCACGGACAGCAUGGCACCCCACCCGCGCAGGGACUGCGUGGUGCUCCGGCGCUGGCGCACGGACCUGCCGCGGGGAGCCUGGCUGCUCCGCUCCCUGGGCCGGUCUCCCGAGUGGUACAACAAGGUCUUUGGACACCUCUGUGCCAUGGAGCCGGAGAGGAGCCGAGACGC